AUGGCAUCUGAUGACGUGUUGAACGACACGUCCGACAACGACCCUGAUGGGGAGUGGGAUUCUCUGGCAUCUUCAGUUGAAAGUGACCAGGAUGAGGACAAGUCGUACUACGUCGAGACUAUUUACAUGGAGCGUGUAUUUGAAGGUCAAACCCAAUACCUUGUCAAGUGGGCUGAAUAUCCUGCCGAACGAGCUACAUGGGAACCCGUCGAUAUGUUUGAUGAUGAAGAGGGGACCCUGGAGGAUUGGGAAAGGAAGAAGAAGGAUAUCGCGUCAGGAAAGCAGCAGCCCUUCGACCUUAGGUCGUGGGAAACGCAUUGCACGGCAAUAAAUGAAUUUCGUGAAGACCGGCGGCAAAGACGAGAAAAGCGCAUAUCGGGAGGAUCAUCCUCUCGAGGUCUCGUUGAUCCCCGCAAACCAACCCACAAACCAAAAAUCCCCCCCUUGGCCACGAAUGCCAUACCGUCAACACAAGUUAUUUCACAAAAGACAUCUCCAACUUCCAAAAAGUCGGGAGCAAACCAACCCUUACCCAAAUGGGGGCUUCAAACGUCAGAUGCGCCCAUUGGGCAGGCGGAUAAGUCGCCAUAUGCAAAUCUGACCAAAGCUGUGGACAGCAGGGAUAAGAGGCGGAGGCUUGAAACACCUCGAGAGCCACCUAUUGCGGCAAUUCAAAACCCCAGACCGGCACCGUCGGGCUUUGCAACAGGGGGGAAAGCGGCCAAAGCCGGGUAUCGUUCACACAUCUUUGGAGAAAGAGUCCCAGAUAUCGCAAAGCUGGAUUUAAUCAGACCUUCUCAAUACCCGGAUAGGACAGGAAGAGCCCAUAUAGAUCUCAUCACAUUGCCAUUCACCGCAGGCCUCAACUCUCCACCUCCACCUGGGAGGAAAGCCAGGCGUUCCGGCCCAUCGCUUCCAACAGAAGACCCAGUCAAAGGUUCCAGUGAGCCCCGCGCGCAGACUAUUCGUUAUAGGCUUGGGCUGUCAAGGUCGCGUCGCUCUCCGGACCAAGGCGAUAACCGACCUUCGUCAGUCUACUCUCGACGGGAGAGUCCAACCAGGCCUCGUGCUCGUUCCCGGUCUCCUGAUGUUUCUCUCGUGGCAAAGCGGUCCAACGCCACGGCCGUUGUGGAGAACUCCAGGGUCAAUGCUCGAGCUGCUAAUCCUGCAGAUCCUGGCCCAGGACCACCAAGUUCGGGUGAUCACUCCAUGGAAUCGCAGCUUGUCCAAAUGCCCAGGCGCACUCCAGCACCCAAUGCUCGGGUUCCUAAUUCUGCAGAUCCUCGCCCUAGAGCACCAAGUUCGGGUGAUCUCUCUAUGGAAUCUCAGCUUGCCCAAAUGCCCAGACGCAUUCCAGGACCCAGUGCACGCAAACUCCCAAAUGGGUUCUGGUUUAACCCUAAAGAGACUCUAAUGACGAUGUCCUUUGGACCAGAUAAGAAGUUCAUUGGACCCACAAGGGUUUGUGGCAUGCCAGCAGAGUCUCAAGAUCUGAUCCGGAAUAAGCCCCCUGGAGAUCGGGAACUUCAGGUUUACUUUGAACAUUUGUGCACGACUGAUGAAUUCACUCAGUUGCGUCAACUCACGCUAUCUGAGCAAUUUGAACCCACGGUCGUUAGGCGUACUGGAUGGAUUGAGGGCUUCAAUGGGACCAACAGCCAACUGCUCCAAAUGGCAGAACAUUUGCGCGAAAAUGACCUUGUGGCUAUCUACUAUCCGCAGAAUGGGGGCAAAUUUGCCUAUGUUGCCUCAUCUCGCUACUCCCAAAAUACCGACUGGUCCAGUUGGAUUAGAAAGGGUCACAUUUGGGAUGCACCAAGUGGAGUCCCCCUCCUUCUCACGGCAUUCAAUAACCUUUUGCCGAUAGUCGCUCUGGGCGCUCGACGAUGUCGCGGUCUGCUUUUACCCGUACGUGAGGGCUCGCAGGAUCAAUUUACACCGAUCGGCCCAAAAGGUGACGUGGAUGUUUCGGUUAGAGGCACAGACGACCUGACCACAGCCCUAUCGAAUGCCCUGCGUGAACACAUCACGAAGGCGAGACUCAACCCAGAUGAUCUUGCCGUAAUUGAUGACAAUGGGAAGAUGUCGAGAGCAGGGAAAUUUUAUCUUCACUUUCCUCUGGAUAAUCAGGAGGCCAUACUCGACUUGGAAUACAUGAAGGCGGUAUACGUACAACACGGAGUCAUUAUUUUCACAAAUCAAACCCCAAAUCAUUGGGCCUCAUUUGUGAAUGACCCCGAUCAAGGGGUGGCUAUUUUCCACGAGUCAUUCCAUGAAUACGAAUCGUUGCAGCCACCUAUCGCCCUUGUGAACAAGAAAACUUUCAGUUUCUGGAUCGUUCGCGUCUCUCGCCCACUGGAACUGACUGCCCCGGGAUCCACUGACCCGGAAUCCACUGUAUCUGGCAGUUACGCCCAACGGAUCUUUCCCCAAGGUACUGGCAUGAUUCUUCUCACCGAAGAUGUGAUGAGCAACCUCCUCGAGGUUGCUAUCACUCUUCGCUGGAUUUACCGGCGCCAUAGAGGCAAGCCCAGAUACUGGAAGCUUGUUUUCUUCCCUGGAAUCCUUGAAUGGAUAAAGAAAAGGCUCGAUGAUGAGGUUUACUCAGAAGACCAUGAUAUCUUGCUACUUAUCCACAGCUUGAUCGUGAAAAACAACCUAGUCUCUGCCACUCAAGUGUUCAACGCAUCUAGUCUGGACUUUUUCAGCUGCCUUGAAAAUGAAACAAGCACAGUACUCGCACUUCCACCCCUUCAUUAUGUAAGCCUCACAGAGAACGACUUGGCAAUCAAAGACAAGUCAGAGCGUGAUGCGGGUCACCUCAUUGAGAUACUGGCAGGCGUGGCGAAGGUCACCAUGGCCCGAUUUCGGAAUUUCAGCGCCAUCACAUCCGCACGUUACAAGAUAUCAGCGUCAAAAAAGCGAUGGGAUGAAUGGGGCCACAUAACUAUCGACUAUGGGUUUGAAAGAUUCUACGAAAGAUUCAAGGUUGACCGAGCAGCUAUCCUGGCUGAGAUCAACGCUUUACACAGGCCUCCAAAUCCUACCCCUCGACCAACGACUCAAUCCGCUGGGGAAUUCCCACAAUCCCCUCACGCACUCAAGGACGCCUCUCGCAGUGCGCAUUAA